CCUCCCUUUCUCACGGCCGCAACCAGACCCAUACAUGCUUCAACUCUGGUCUCCUUGUAUUAGAGUGUCUGCUUUCUCGAGUAGAGUCUUACCUCCGUUUCUCAAUUCUCAGCACUGAUCCCCCGGAUGUUACCCCCACCCCGGCUGUGCGACCCUCUGUCGGAGAUCUUGCCUCAAAGAGCUUCUCCUCCAUGAGCCGAGGUCCAAUUCACUUCAUUGCACUGUCUGGGCCGACUCCUCACCAUGACCUGUCGGUAACCCCUUCGACAUUUUUUUCGAUAAACUGUGUCCCAUCCAUCUGUCUACAGCAAUAUCACCAGUUCCUAAUUAUCCGAUAUCUCGUACAAAAUGCCUCUCACUAACCGCCAACUCAUCUAUACGAACCCUCCGAAAGCCGCCAUCGACCCCUCGCUAACCGGCACCGGUACCUUCACCCUGAAGACCAAGACCAUCCCCGAAGAUGUCACCCUCAGGGAUAACCAAGUGCUCGUCCGCAUCCACUACCUAGCCCUGGAGCCCGCCAUGCGCCAAUGGCUCACCGCUAAGCGCUCGUACAUUGCACCCGUCGAGGUCGGCAGCGUGAUGCGCGGGCAGAGCAUCGCCCAGAUCCUGCGCGUCAGCCCGGCGCUGGCUGGCACCUACCAGGUCGGCGAGUGGGUAGCCGCGCACUCCGGCUGGCAGGAGUACGCAAUCCUGCCCGUCAAAGCGAUCGAGAAGAUCACCAUCCCUGCGGGCUGCCAGCCCACGGACGCCCUGUCCGUGCUGGGCAUGACGGGGCUGACGGCGUACUUCGGCAUGACCGAGGUCGGCCAGCCGCGGCCUGGAGACACGGUCGUAGUUUCCGGGGCGGCGGGCGCCACGGGCAUGGUGGCUGGCCAGAUCGCGCGCAUCAAGGGUGCGAAGCGGGUGAUCGGCAUCGCGGGCAGCGAGGACAAGUGCCGGUUCCUGCGCGAGGAGCUGGGCUUCGAUGCGGCCAUCAACUACCGGGAUGCGGACUGGCGCAAGCAGCUCAAGGAGGCGACUCCCGACUACAUCGAUGUGUUCUACGAUAAUGUCGGCGGCGAGAUCUUGGAUGCGUGCCUGUUCCGUGCCGCCAAGGGCGCCCGGUUCGUCAUCUGCGGCGCGAUCAGUCAGUAUAACGUGGAGAAGCCCGAAGGCCCGAGGAAUUAUCUGAUGGUCAUCUCGCAACGGAUCACUAUGCGUGGGUUCAUUGUGUUUGACUAUGAGGAUAAGUAUCCUGCCGCGCUGAAAGAGUUAGGUGCUUGGUUGAGCCAAGGGAAGAUCAAGCGGAAGGAACAUAUUGUGAAAGGUGGCUUGGAAACGACGCCCCAGGAGUUGAUCAAUCUGUUCAAGGGGGUUAAUACGGGCAAAAUGAUGGUCGAGGUGGUUCCUGAGAGCGAGGCCAUCAUGGCUGAGAAGGCUAAGCUGUAGAUUUGGAAUUUAGAGAAGAGGCCACUACCAGACAAUAUUUCAGAUUACUUGUGUAUAGCGAAGCCAAAAGAACAGUCC